CCCUCCAACUAUAACCCAAUAAAACACCACCUCGUUCAUAAGCUAGAGACCUCUAACUUCACAUGAGACCAUUCAAACCCACUGCAUUUCCCGCCAUUUCUUCUCUCACUUCAAAUCCCACAAUCAAAAGAUCCAUCCAUGUCGACGCCCAAAUGAUCAAAACUGGAUUCAAUCCCCAAACCUACGACUCCAACCUCCAAAUCUCGUCCCUCAUCAACAGCGGCGGGAUCUCAAAAGCCCGCGAACUGUUCGACAAAAUGCCCCACAAGAAUACUUUCACUUGCAACCGAAUAAUCUCAGGUUACGCCAAGUCUGGAGAUAUUGAAGAGGCCCGCUUGAUCUUCGAUCGGACUUUCGACCGCAAUGAGGUCACAUGGACGAUCAUGGUAGGGGCUUAUUCGCAGUCGAAUCAGACCCUGGAAUCUUUCAAUCUCUUCAAUCAAAUGAGGAGAUCUGGCAUAAUGGCUGAUCAUGUUGCAAUUGCUGCAAUUCUUGGUUCAUGCCAAGACUUCAACGCGUCAAAUUGGGUUGUUCAGGUUCACGGGCAAAUCGUGAAAUUUGGGUUUCAGUCGAAUUUGGUGGUGAACAACACUUUGGUCGAUUCUUACUGCAAAUGUAAGCGAUUGAGCUCGGCUCAGAAGCAUUUUGAUGAGAUGCCAGAGAGAGAUGGGGUGAGUUAUAACGCGAUGGUGAUGGGUUUUUCAAAAGAGGGGUUUUAUCAGGAAUCGAUUGAUUUGUUCACUGAAAUGAGAAAUUUAGGCUUGAAACUUUCGCAAUUUACAUUUUCUGGCAUUUUGACCGCUGCUUCAGGAUUAGGCGAUUUGAGCCUCGGACGUCAAGUUCACAGUCUUGUGAUCCGAACGAACUUUUUGUGGAAUGUGUUUGUUACCAAUUCUUUGCUCGAUUUCUACUCGAAAUGUGACCUAAUAAACGAAGCUAGAACUAUUUUUGAUAGGAUGGAAGAAAGAGAUAAUGUCUCAUACAAUGUGAUGAUAUCUGGUUACUGCUGGAGUGAGCAAAGGGAAGAGAUUGUGAAGCUAUUCAAAGAAAUGGCAAUGACUGGUUUCGAGCGAAAGCAUUUCCCAUUUCCAAGCUUAUUGAGCUUCGCUGCUUCUGUACAGGAUCUUGAGAUGGGUAAGCAGAUUCACGCCCAAGUAAUUGUUACAGGUGCAGUUCUUGAUGAAAUCGUUGCUAACUCUCUCAUCGACAUGUAUGCAAAAUGUGGUGUCAUGGAGAAGGCAGAGUUCAUCUUUGCUAAUCGGAAGGAUCAGAGUACAAUUUCAUGGACAGCGAUGAUAUCGGGCCAUACUGAAAAUGGGCAAUAUGAAGAAGCUUUGGGGCUUUUUUGCAAAAUGAGACGAGUGGGGCUCAGCCCUGAUCGAGCUACAUUUGCUUCAGUCAUCAAGGCAUCGGCUGGAAUGGGUUCUCUAGGGUUAGGGCAAGAACUGCACUCCUAUGUAAUAAAAUCAGGCAAUAUGUCGAGCGUGUUUUCUGGCUGUACAAUUCUCGACAUGUACGCAAAAUGUGGUUGUUUGAAUGAAAGCUUUAAGAUUUUCGGAGAAAUGCCGGAAAGAAACAUAGUUUCGUGGAAUGCGGUUAUGGCUGCUUUAGCCCACAACGGCGAGGGCAAGAAGGCGGUCGAGAUGUUAGAUGAGAUGGUGAAAUUAGGUUUUAUGCCCGACUGGGUCACGAUAUUGAGCGUCAUGUCCGCUUGUAGUCAUAGUGGGCUUGUGGACAAAGGCAUGAAAAUCUUUGAAUCCAUGGGGAAAUUGUACAUGGUUAAUCCCAGAAGGGUGCAUUAUUCAUGUGCCAUUGACUUAUUAGGCCGUGUUGGACGCUUCAAUGAGGUCGAGGAUCUGAUCAAUCGAAUGCCAUUCGAGCCUGAUGAAAUCAUAUGGAACUCGAUCAUCAACUCAAGUAGAAUACAUGGAAAUCAAAAACUCGCGAUCCUAGCAUCUGAAAGACUAUUCGAUAUGGGGCUUAAAGAAGCGACUCCAUACAUUAUACUAUCAAACAUGUACUCAAAGGCAGGGAAGUGGGAUGAGGCGGCGAAAGUGAAGAAGUUGAUGAGAGCACGAGGAGUUCGAAAAGAACCAGGUUACAGUUGGGUAGAGAUCAAGAAUCAAACAUACACAUUCUCAUCCAACGAUUACAUAAAAGACGAUACCAAAGAUAUGCUGGUGAAGUUAAGAUAUAAAAUGGAGGAGGCUGGAUAUAAUCGUGAUACAAGUUGCACGUUGCAAAAUGUUGAUGAAGGAACUAAGGCUGAGUCUUUGAUGCACCAUAGCGAGAGAUUGGCGAUCGCUUUUGCGCUGGUCCAUGGACCGCCUGGUGCACCAAUUCGGGUGAUGAAGAACCUUCGUGCGUGUGCAGACUGCCACGAGGCGAUCAAGGUAAUGUCAAAGGUGAUUGAAAGGGAGAUCACAGUGAGGGAUUCGAGUCGGUUUCAUCGGUUCAGGGACGGGGUUUGUUCUUGUGGGGAUUACUGGUGACGUUGAAGAUUUAGGUUUUUCUUAAAUUUAUUUGUGGAACUUUUGAAGAAUUCGUAGUUCACAGCAAACCUUCCUCCUAAACUUAGCCAUUUUUCUCUUUUGAAUCCAUGGCACAACCCGUCCUUUCAAAAUUCCUUCCCUCUUGCCAAACCAAACAAGAACGAGAGAGAAACGAAAGGAUCUACAUGCAUUGCUGUCAGUCAAAA